AUGGACCAGGCUAGGAAGGAAUACUCACUUGCUAAGAAAGAAGCUAAGAAAGGAGUUGCAAUAGCAGAGAGAAAUGCAUCACAGGCACUCUACCAGUUUCUAGAAAAAAGUUUUGAAGAUGUUGCUGUUGAAUUUUCAAGGGAGGAGUGGGAGAUGCUGAGUGAAAAGGAGAAGAAGCUACACCAGGAAGUGAUGGUGCAGAACUUCGAUCACAUGAUAGAUGUCGGGUAUAACAUCCCUGUGGACCACCUCUGGUCACUUAUUUUGAAAGAUAAGCUGCUUCCAUCUGAUACUGGUGACAGAGGAAGGAACCUGCAGCAAAAUCAGCUUCCUGGUAACAGAAUUAGCAUCAACAGGGAUACAGAUUUCUCUGAGAUCCAGAGUCUUCAGUCAUCCUAUGAGAAACCCCAGGAUGCUGAAUUUAAUAAAGUUCUGUUCGAUAAGAUGUCACUCACAAGGGAAAAUGCAGUGCAUUCUGAAACUGGACAUAACUGCAAGGAAAGUGAUGAUGGACUUAUAAAACCAAACAAACUAGAAAUGCAUCCACAAACUCCCAUGGACAUGGCAUGCAGUCAGCUUAAUCACAACAACAAUGUAACAUUCAAUAUUAAUGAUUUAACUGAUCAAUUAAUUCACAGUGGGAAAAUACAGAAUAAUACAAUGGCAUUACAUAAGCAGAUAUGCAAUAAAGAGAAGCUUUACAAAUGUGUCACAUGUGACAAGAGUUUUGCAAGAAGAAAGACUUUAAGAGUACAUAUGAUAAUUCAUACUGGUCAGAAACCCUACAGGUGUACCAUGUGUGAGAAGAGUUUUACACAGAAGAGUAAUAUGAUAUCUCAUCAAAGAAUCCACAGUGGACAGAAGCCCUACAAAUGCAGUCUGUGUGACAAGAGGUUUACACAGAAGAGUCAUAUGAUAUCUCAUCAAAGUACCCACAGUAGACAGAAGCCCUUCAAAUGUACCAUGUGUGACAAGAGUUUUGCAAAGAAGGAUCAGAUGGUAAGUCAUCAGAGUACCCAUACUGGACAGAAAAACUACAAAUGUGCCACAUGUGGUAAGAGUUUUAGAAGUAGAAGGACUAUAACAGUACAUAUGAUAAUUCAUAGUGGUCAGAAGCCCUACAAAUGUACCAUAUGUGACAAGAGUUUUGCACAGAGGAGUAUUAUGAUAUCUCAUCAAAGGUGCCACAAUGGACAGAAGCUCUACAAAUGUGGUGUAUGUGACAAGAGGUUUACACAUAGGAGUAAUACAUUAUCUCAUCAAAGUACCCACAGUGAACAGAAGCCCUACCAAUGCAGUGUGUGUGACAGGAGGUUUACAAGAAAAGGGACUAUGGUACUUCAUCAGCAUAUCCACACAGGGCAUAAACCCUAUAAAUGCACCAUGUGUGACAAGAGUUUUGCACAGAAGAGUCAGAUGGUAAGUCAUCAGAGUACCCACACUGGACAGAAAAACUACACAUGUGCUACAUGUGGUAAGAGUUUUAGAAACAGGAAUAAUAUGUAUAGGCAUCAGAAUACACACAAGGGGCAGAAACCCUAUAAUUGCACUAUGUGUGACAAGACUUUUGCACGGAAGGAUAGCAUGGUUAAACACCAACUUAUACACACUAGAGAGAAGCCGUAUAAAUCCACCAUGUGUGACAAGAGUCUUGCACAGAAGAGUCAGAUGGUAAGUCAUCAGAGUACCCAGAUGGGACAGAAAAACUACAAAUGUGCUACAUGUGGUAAGAGUUUUAGAAGUAGAAAGACUAUAACACUACAUAAGAUAAUUCAUAGUGGUCAAAAGCCCUACAAAUGUACCAUAUGUGACAAGAGUUUUGCACAGAAGAGUCAGAUGGUAAGUCAUCAGAGUACCCACACUGGACAGAAAAACUACAAAUGUGCUACAUGUGGUAAGAGUUUUAGAAACAGGAAUAAUAUAUAUAGGCAUCAGAAUACACACAACGGGCAGAAACCAUAUAAUUGCACUAUGUGUGACAAGACUUUUGCACGGAAGGAUAGCAUGGUUAAACACCAACUUAUACACACUAGAGAGAAGCCCUAUAAAUGUACCAUGUGUGAGAAGAGUUUUACACAGAGGAGUAAUGUGAUAUCUCAUCAAAGAAUCCACAGUGGACAGAAGCCCUACAAAUGCAGUCUGUGUGACAAGAGGUUUACACAGAAGAGUCAUAUGAUAUCUCAUCAAAGUACCCACAGUAGACAGAAGCCCUAUAAAUGCACCAUGUGUGACAAGGGUUUUGCACAGAAGAGUCAGAUGGUAAGUCAUCAGAGGACCCACACUGGACAGAAAAACUACAACUGUGCCACAUGUGGUAAGGGUUUUAGGCACAAGGGUAAUAUGCAUAGGCAUCAGAAUGCACACAUGGGGCAGAAACCCUAUAAGUGCACCAUGUGUGACAAUACUUAUACACAGAAGGGUAGUAUGGUUAAACACCAACGUGUACACACUAGAGGGAAUCCCUAUAAAUGCCCCAUUUGUGACAAGAGUUUUGCACAGAAGAGUCAGAUGGUAAGUCAUCAGAGUACCCACACUGGACAGAAAAGCUACAAAUGUGCCACAUGUGGUAAGAGUUUUAGGCACAGGAGUAAUAUGUACAGGCAUCAGAAUAUGCACACGGGGCAGAAACCAUAUAUAUGUGCCACAUGUGGCAAGAGUUUUGCACAGUGGAGUAAUCUGAUAGCUCAUCAAAGAACCCACAGUGGACAGAAAUGGGAUCCUGAUGGAGAGAUGAAAAGUCAGCAAGCAAAUGAGAGUAGUAGUGCUGAAGUUGAAUUCAUCCCCAAUCCUGAAAACAGCACUGACAUCUAGGAACAAGAUCCAAGCCAUAAAUCAAUUUGCUCUUCCUGUCCAAACUUAUAGUUUUGGAGUGAUUGACUGGCCCAAAAAAGUGUUGGGUAGAUUGGAUAUUAGAACAAGAAGGGUGCUUCAUGCUUACCAAAUGAUUUAUAAAAAUCAGUGUAUACCAAGAUUAUA